GCAAUUGAGUCCAUUUCUCGAUUUCAUUCAUAUUAUGUUAUGUGAUUGUAGAGAUAUUUACCAAAGAGAGCACAAGGAGGUAAUAAAGCAAAACGACAGUGACAUUCACAAGGAACCCUUGAAGACGGACGGUUCAUCCAUUAACACCGGCUUGGAGCGUUCUUAUUCAAGUCCAAAUCUACUACAGUUGGGAGAUCGUAAAACACCUCAGAUAGAUAGAACUUCUAAGCCACAUAUUUCGUCUCGCAAUCAAAAUGGAUUGGGAAUUGGGAAUGAGAACAUCAAAGUGUCUUCUCUUAAUUGGGGAAAUCGGGAGGAACGAAUGACCCCUAUUCACGGCACUGUUCAUCCGGGCAUAACCGGCCUGAAGAAUUUGGGCAAUUCUUGUUACAUGAACAGCAUCAUUCAGUGCCUGAGUAACACGACGAACUUAGCGAAAUAUUUUACUGAUAACUCAUAUGUCGACGAUCUCAACACGAAUAAUGACAAUACGACACGAGGCCAAGUGGUGGAAGAAGUCGCUCAAGUAAUUAAAGUGUUGUGGAGAGGCCAGUAUAAAAGUAUAUCUCCUCUCGACCUAAAGGUGGCAGUUGGACAAUACAAAUUACAAUUUGAUAGUUAUGAUCAACAAGACUCUCACGAAUUCCUCACGUUCCUUUUAGACUGGAUGCAUAAUGAUCUUAAGAAGGAGGCACAAAUUCCAAUCGAAAUGACUAAUGCGGAGAAAGAAUGGGACAAAGCGAUGAACUCUCAGAGAUCUAUAAUAUCGGAUUUAUUUUUCGGACAAUUGAGAUCCACUAUUACAUGUUCAUCUUGCAAGCAAGCGAGUACUACAUACGAGACAUUUAAUAGUUUAACAAUGUCUUUAUCUCAGUCCAAUCGGUGUUCUUUAAAUGACUGUAUGGAGAAGUUUGUGACAGGACAGAAAGUGAGCGGAUGGAAGUGUCCCAAGUGCCAGACACCACGCGACGCGACGAAGAAGUUUGAUUUCGUCAAACUCGCACCCAUCGUGGUGAUUCACUUGAACCGCUUUGCCGACAGCGGUGGAUGGUUGGAAAAGCGCAACACCGCCGUCGAUUUUCCUCUCACGGGAUUCAACUUGAAGCCGUAUCUCGUCAUGGAGAACACGAACGCAAUCAUGUCAAACAAUAUCCGUAAUUACAAUUACUCUCUUUACGCGAUAUCGAAUCACUAUGGAACAAUGGACGGUGGUCACUACACGGCGUUCUGCAAAAACGCUACGCAAAAUAAAUGGUACAAGUAUGAUGAUCAAACUGUCACGGAGGUGUCGCCGAGCCAAGUGAAGUCUCAAAAUACGAGUGCCUAUUUGUUAUUUUAUACGUCAUUUCCAAAUACGAUCAUGUAGUAUGAGGACACGGCCGCGGAUGUGAUCAAGAUACAGUUAUGACGAAAGUCUUCAGUGUGAUAUUAAUUAAGGGAAGGAGGAAUAUGAUUUUCACCGCUCUGUAGAUAUAUUAAACGAUUAUAUUUUGUAUGAUAAAUCUCCUAUGCGCGAGCAAAACGUAUAGGGGCUAUGACGAUAUUGAAAGCUUUAUCGGUGCUGGCAUUCAUUAAGAAUAUGUAUAUACGUAUAGCGAUUUUUCUGUAUUUCUACAGUAUGUCGCUUUAAAGAUAAAGCAAAAUAUAGUUUGUUCUCGAGAAUAUUUUACUGAAAUAUGUGUAUAACUUCGUAUAAUUAUAUUAACAUACCUAAAUAGAUUAGUCAAAUUAUAUAUUAUAUUCGUUUGACAUUUUGCAUUAUUGCAGCCGAAUUAUCAUUUUUGCUUUGUAUCAAAACGAAGCCAUAAGGCUAUAGUUCCGGCUUAUCGAGCAAUUUAGAUAACAUUUUCGAAGAAUUUAUUCGAAUUUGGAAUCCAUCUGUUAAAAAUAUGUUCUGUUCAUUCAUAUUUUGCACAAAUGGUUUCAACAGUCAUAAAUAGCGUUUAGCCAUAGAUAAGACGCAUACGUCGCGUGCGGUUUAGAUAGAUUAGCAGCACACUAACUGCCUUCUUCGCUGCGCUGCCAGUAUUGUCAAAACGUACGACCAUUUUGUACGUGAAGCAAAACGUUUCUCGUUGCAACGUACGCUUCUUAAAGAAAAAAACAGUUAAAUAGGAUUCCGUUAUGUACGAACUAUUGUGUGCGUGUAUAUGUAAGCUUAUUGGCUUCAAGCAGCCCAAAGAAAUCACAUUUUAUAAUUAGUCAAAUAUAAUAUUUCUAUACCUCAUAUAGAGAUCAUCGUGUUUUAAUGAAGGUAUAGCAUACAGUCUUUGCAAAUACAAGCUACUUCCAUACUUCGUGGCAAUACGUUUAUGUAUAUAACUAUAAUAUUUUUUUGUAAUUUAUGUAUAUAAUUAUAUUGGUAUAAUUGUGCUAAUAUAUUUAUGUAUAUAAAUAUAUUCCCGCAAAUAGCCUAAUAUAACGAUCCUCGAAUAUUUUAUAUGGAUUUGCCGUACAUAUUGACAUAGAGCAUGAAAGCAACUUGCACUCGCAAAAGCUAGAAUUAGAAAAAUUCUGCGAGCUUGCUAGUUUUGUCGCGCAACUCAUGUUACUGAUUUGUUAUCGCCAUAUACGAUUAUAUUAUUAUUAUAAUUAUUUAUGAGGUGCGUAAUAUACAUCUAAAAUGUCAAGAAACAACGUCAAUAACAUCAUUACAAUUUUGUGCAAGGUA